GUCGCUGUUGCUGGAGCUUCCUCCGGUGUGGGCAAGGUUAUUGCAGAUGCCGUUGCAGCAGGGAGCAAGCAUGAGUACAUUAUCCUCAGCCGCAACCCGUCUGCAGAGCCAAAGACGGUGCAAGUUGAUUACAAUGAUAUCGAUGGUCUAGCUGCGACGCUAGACAAGUAUCAAGUCAACACGGUCAUCUCUGGUCUCUCUCUCGCCACUGAUGAGGCGGGCCAGAACCAGGCCAAUCUGAUCGAAGCCGCCAAGCGGGCUUCGUUCACGAAGCGCUUUAUUCCCAGCGAGUACGGGUCCAGGUGGAAACGAGAGAAUAUCCCACCUAUGCCUACUUACAGAGGCAAGCUGAAGGCAAUCAAGGCCUUGGAAGACUCACACUUAGAGUUCACUUCAGUCUACAACUCCUUCUUCCUAGACUACCUCGGCGUCCCCCACGUCCCGACCACCAUGCCUUAUGCGCCCAACGUCUUCAUUGACCUGGACAACAGAUUUGCAGCUAUUCCCGGAGAUGGAGAGGAAUACUUUGUCGCCACGCACACCCGUGACGUUGGCCGCUUUGUCGUGGCCCUCCUAGACCUGGAGAAAUGGGAACCAAUUUAUACCAUGCACGGAAGCCGACAGACCAUGUUGGAGGCUGUGAAGCUGGCCGAAGAGCUCACAGGCUCUAAGUUCACCGUUGUCCAUGACUCGCUCGAGAAGCUAGAGAACGGGGAGAUCACCCUAACACCAACGGCGCUCAAGAUGUAUGAAGGUAACGACCAGGCUAUCCGGCUCUUGACACAACAGCUGUCCGUGUUUGGAGGGUGGCUUGCCGAGGGACAUAUGGAUCUGGACAUCUCUCUCAACUCGCUCAACAAGGAGUUCCCCGAUAUCAAGCCCCUCACCUGGCGCAACAUUAUUGAGACGUAC